AUGGCGCUUUUAAAGGGCACUAUGUCAGCUCUUUGGAUUCUGUUCAUCUUAACGAUUUCGUCUGCUGAGUUAUUUAAUGAGACACCGAUCGACAAUUUGUAUCAGGAAGAAAACGAUUUAGGGGCAGAAGCUUCACCCCCGGACGAGCAGCUGGACGAUGAAUAUUGGAGACGAAGUGAACUUCUCUACAAACUGAUGAAAUACUUGCAAAGAGAUCCUGAUAUAAGAUAUCAAGGAGUCGAUAAUAUGGAUGAGGCCAGACCGACGUGGUCACAGAUACCAGGUGUCAAGGAACCAGGAGUCAAGAGAUGGCUGAGUGUCUUCAACAGUAGUGCAGCUAAGACCCGACCGCAACGCAAGUGGAAGAUCAAGAAGGGAAGAGGUCCUCAACUGUGUUACUUCAAAUUAUGCUCAUUCCGCACAUUUAAC